AUGACAUCUGAGUUUUUCAAAAUAUUUUUCACAUUAGAAUCAAAAUAAUAUAAACCCCUAGAAUCAAAGAAUAUAAACGAAUAUUAAAAUGUUUAAUGAAACAAAAUAAUGGCUUCUAAAAAUAUAGACGACUUUUGGAAUAGUAGUUCAACAUCAGGUUUUAACUUUGAUGAAGAGGAUGAGGAACUGCCGCAACCUGAUUUUCAAUUUCAAAUGGUUGAACCUCAACCUAAAGUUAAUUCUAUUGAAAUAUAUUCUUUAAUUUCCAAAAAAUCCUUAGAUCUAAUUUUAGAUGAUAUUAAGUCUGCCAAUGAGUAUACAGUUCCACCAGUGGAAGAAGUGAUUAGAAAAAUGGCAUCUGGACAUAAAUAUUCACUGGAUGUUUAUAAACGGUUUUCUGAUAAAAUGUUAUUGUUUAAUUCUGCCCUAGAGUCUAUGGAUGGAAAUAUUAUACUAAAAGUGAUUCUGUUUUUGGAAUCAACAUUAAAACGUGAUAUAUUUGUGAACCAAUUAAUAAAGAGUAAGACUGGGAUAAAACAUUAUGCCAAUUAUUUGAUUGUGAAUAAUAGGUAUGAAGAUCUGAAUAGUUUUUAUAUUUCAACAGGUGUUUAUUCCAAUAUGAAACAACUUUAUUACUUAAUGGCACGUGGUGUUAAGAAUAAGACGAUUAUACUUGAUCGUUUACGUACUUUAGGCAUGGAUCUUCUGCAGAAAAUGUAUCAUAAAGAUGAUAGCGCAGAAUAUAAUCCAUAUAUAAAACUAUUACAAUGGCAAAUUCAAAAAAAUGAAAAUUGUGACUCUGUUAUAGAACAGUUAGCAGUUUUAUGUAAAAAAGAGUGGGAUGUAAAUAAAAAUGCCUUAGAGGUUAUUUUGGAAUUUAAAAAAACACUGAAGAUUGACGACUUUGCUUUUGAGUGGACUGUAAUGAAUGUUUUGGCAUCCAAGAAGAUGUGGCCUCAGCUAAACGAUUUUUUUAUGAAACCAAACUGGCUAACAAAAAAGCAUUCUUUGAAAACAGCCAUUCCGACUGAACUCUUUGUAUAUGGCUUAAGCAAACACGAUCCCCCUAAAGAUGUUUUGGAACAGUACUUACCAUGGAUAAAUAAUACUGAGAGAAGUCUGUUGUUGGCGGAGAAAUUGAACUGUCAUAAGUUUAUCAUUCAACAUUAUAUUAAUCAGAAAGAUAGAAUCGGACUUAUAACUUACAAAGCUUCACUUAUAGCUAUCAAGUUACCGCCUCAAAAUCCAGAAUAUUUUAUGAUUGAAAAUGCAUUGCAGUCCACCGACAAAAAAUGGAAAAAUUAAAUGUGAUAUUCAUUCAACCAGCAGCCUUGCAAAGAAACCUUGUUUUGGAUAUUUAUAUUACUUAAAGUAUUUGGAAUUAUAUAUUUCUAUGUGGAUAUUUUUUUUUAAAUGUAAUGUUGUAGAGAAACUCUGAUUAAUAAAUAAACUUUUAUUUCUUU